UCCAGGAGGAAAAAAACAGCAGCACGUCUGCUUUGACUGCUACUGCUCUGGAGUGAACUGGGAGGCUGCAAUAGAGAACGUGUGCUGGAAGAGAGAAGGGGUCCUCAUUAUCAGUACCAGGGACAAAAAUUUUAUUUCUUCUGCCACAAUCAUGAAAGUGGCUUCAUGGGCAAAUGUUUUGUUCAGUUUACAGGUGGUUCUGCAGUUUCCUCUUACAGUGAAUGCCCAAGGAAUUGUCUAUGAUCUUCUGAUGUCAUCGGAUUGUUUGCCUGAUCUCCUGCAAGGAGGUCUUAAGACCAAGAAUGUGAACGAAGUUUUUGUCCUGACAACCUUCCAGCUCCAAAACAAAGCUCCAAUACAUGUCUUUCGUCUUUACAACCCUGCAGAUAACAGCGAUUAUUUUGAUUUCACUACACAUGGGAAAGUCAACAAAGUGUCUCUGAAGUACCUGAAAAGCAAUGGAAAAAUGGGCAAUGCCAACUUUGUCAAAGUGCCAUUGGCGGAUGGCCGCCCCCACCACGUCAUGCUGCAUUUCAGUGGUCUGAAGCAUGGCUCGGCCAGCAUGGCCCUCUAUGUGGACUGCAGGCUGGUGGAAAUAGUGGAGGACCUACCAGUUGCCUUUAAGACACUGCCUCCUGGCUCCAAUAGAGUGGCACUAAAAACUAUGCCCACUACAUCACAGGAUCGCCUGUCUGACCUUAAGAUAGUGCUAGAUGAGUCUAUUGAGAAUGUCGUUGAACUUCAAGACUGCACUCUCCAGCAGGGUGAAUCACUGCAAUUAUUGGGACUCACAUCAAAGCUGGAACCAGGCCCCAUGAUUGAACUUUUAAGGAUAGUCCAAGAACUGAAAGAUAAAAUGGACCAGCAGAUCCGGGAAACUGCCAGUCUGAGGAAAAUUCUUAUGGAGUGUGUUCCUUGUGAGGGACCAAAAGAAACACAAGACGUGAGUGCAUCCAAGUGUGCUCCUGGAAUCUGCUUCCAGCAAAGUAUGUGCUCUGAGACAGAGCAAGGCGUCAUCUGUGCACCGUGUCCUGAGGGCUACAUUGGAGAUGGAGUCCACUGUGAUGAUAUGGAUGAGUGUCAGCUGAACCCCUGUUUCCCUGGUGUGCGGUGCGUCAACACAGCUCCAGGGUUCAGGUGUGACAGCUGCCCCAGAGGGUACACUGGCGACCAGGUGCAGGGUGUGUGGGGUGACGUCUAUGCCCAGACACAUAAUCAGGUCUGCUAUGACAUAGAUGAAUGUCAAAGCUGGAACAAUGGGGGCUGCACCCCCAAUUCCUACUGCCACAAUACAGUGGGUUCAUUCCACUGUGGACAAUGUAAGUCUGGCUUCACUGGAGACCAGGGAAGCGGCUGCAGACCGACUGGACUAGGCUCCAGUUACGUUACUGCUCGUCCUGCUCCUCUCUCUGGAAGGCUGUGCAGGAACGGCCAGCCCAACCCGUGUGAUGCUAACGCUGAGUGUGUGGUAGAGCGAGACGGAAGCGUCAGCUGUGUGUGCAACAUCGGCUGGGCAGGUAACGGCCAGGUGUGCGGGAAGGACACUGACAUCGAUGCCCACCCAGACAGGAAACUUCAGUGUCAUGAUGCAAACUGCAAAAAGGACAACUGCAUGUAUGUGCCAAAUUCUGGCCAGGAGGAUGCGGAUGGAGAUGGGAAAGGAGAUGCCUGUGAUGAGGAUGCCGACAGCGAUGGGAUCCUCAACGAGCAGGACAACUGCUGGUUGACCCCAAACAUAGACCAGAAGAACACAGAUGAGGACCUUCACGGUGAUGCAUGCGACAACUGCAUCACGGUGAAGAACCCAGACCAGCGGGACACAGACCAGGACGGACUGGGGGAUGCCUGUGACGACGACAUGGACGGUGACGGUUUGAAGAAUAUUUUGGAUAACUGUCAGAGAGUCCCCAACCCUGAUCAGCUGGACAGAGAUAGUGAUGGUGUAGGAGAUGCCUGUGACAGUUGCCCUGAGGUGCCCAAUCCCAAUCAGUCUGAUGUUGAUGAUGAUCUUGUUGGAGACACAUGUGACACUAAUAUCGACAGUGAUGGGGACGGACACCAGAACUCCAAGGACAACUGUCCGACCAUCAUCAACAGCUCUCAGCUGGACACGGACAGGGACGGACUUGGGGACGAGUGUGAUGAUGAUGACGAUGAUGACGGCAUCCCAGAUGAUAAAGAUAACUGCAGAUUGGUGCCGAACAAAGAUCAGGCGGACGGAAACAAUGAUGGAGUGGGUGAUGCCUGCACCGGAGACUUCGACAAAGACCAUGUGAUUGACAGGAUCGACACUUGUCCUGAGAACGCAGAGGUCACAUUGACAGACUUCAGAGCCUAUCAGACUGUAGUGCUGGAUCCUGAGGGCCAGGCUCAGAUUGACCCCAACUGGGUCGUCCUCAAUCAGGGAAUGGAGAUCAUUCAGACAAUGAACAGUGACCCAGGUCUCGCAGUAGGCUACACGGCCUUUAGUGGGGUCGACUUCGAGGGCACUUUCCACGUGAACACGGUAACCGAUGAUGACUAUGCCGGCUUCAUCUUUGGCUACCAGGACUCAUCGAGCUUCUACGUGGUGAUGUGGAAGCAGACGGAGCAGACCUACUGGCAGGCUGUGCCCUUCCGUGCUGUGGCAGAGCCAGGCAUCCAGCUCAAGGCCGUGAAGUCCACCACUGGGCCUGGAGAGUUUUUGAGGAAUUCUCUGUGGCACACUGGGGACACCGAGGAUCAAGUGCGGCUGUUGUGGAAAGACCCUCGUAAUGUGGGCUGGAAGGACAAGGUUUCUUACCGCUGGAAUCUCCAGCAUCGACCACAAGUGGGAUACAUCAGGGUACGUUUUUAUGAAGGCACCAGCCUGGUGGCUGACUCUGGAGUGGUUAUUGACACCAGCAUGAGGGGCGGUCGCCUGGGUGUGUUCUGCUUCUCCCAGGAGAACAUCAUCUGGUCCAAUCUGAGAUAUCGCUGCAAUGACACAAUCCCUGCAGACUACGAGGAUUACAAUGCACAGCUCGUUGUCAGUUAAGAA